AUGAGAAGAGAAAACCUGGAAGAAGGACUGCUGCCAAGCUCUUCGAUUUUUGAACAUGCAAAUAUUGUUAGUGGCAUUGGCGACGGCGAUGACAUAACUGAUCAAACUGAUUCUUCCGCUACACCUGUCGUUGUUUUCAGCACCUUCAUUACCGUGUGUGGUUACUUUUCUUAUGGCUGUGCAACAGGAUAUUCGUCGCCUGCUGAAUCUGGAAUCAUGAAGGAUCUCGGUCUCUCGGUAGCAGCAUAUUCUGUUUUUGGUUCUGUAUUAGCAGUUGGAGGACUUCUAGGUUCAUUAAUAAAUGGGAAAAUAACUGACCUCAUUGGUCGGAGAGGAGCAAUGUGGCUGGCAGAUUUUUUCUUCAUCUUUGGCUGGCUAGCUAUAGCAUUCUCCCAGGCGGCUUGGUCACUGGAUCUGGGAAGAGUGUCUCUGGGAUUUGGAAUUGCAAUCGUUUCUUAUGCGGCGCCUAUAUAUAUUGCGGAAAUUACACCAAACAAUAUUCGAGGAGCAUUAGCAUCGGCUAAUAAGCUGAUGCUUGCUUGUGGCUUCUCCGUAACAUAUUUUCUCGGAACGCUUCUAUCCUGGCGCAUCUUGGCUCUAAUUGCUGUUGUUCCAUGCUUUGUGCAAUUUUUUGGUAUAUUCUUCAUUCCUGAGUCCCCUAGAUGGCUGGCAAUUAUUGGUCGAGAGAAAGAAAUAUACACCACUCUGCAGCGGCUUAGGAGUAAGAAAUCUAAUAUUUCUCAAGAGGCCGCUAACAUAAAUGCUUAUACAGAGGUCUUUGAGAAGCAAUCAGAGGAUAGAUUUUUUAGCCUUUUCCAGCGUAAAUAUGCCUAUUCAGUGACUGUUGGAAUUGGUCUUAUGAUACUGCAGGAAUUCGGAGGGGAGACUGCAGUUGGAUCUUAUCUGAGUUCCAUUUUUGAAGCUGCAAGCUUUCCAAGUACACUUGGGUCAAUCUCAGUGGCUAUUAUUCAGAUUCCUGCGGUUGCUCUAUCUGUAAUCCUAGUCGAUAAAUGCGGAAGAAGUCGCUUCUUAUGUUAUGAUUUUGUGCAGGUUUCCAGCAUCGGAAUGUGCUUAAGUUCGCUCCUUGUUGGAUUGUCCUUCUACUUUCAGGACCAUGGCUAUUCGGAUGAGACCACUCCAAUUUUGGUUUACAUUGGCAUAUCGGGAUAUACUGCAACUUAUCAAAUAGGCAUGGCAGGGUUACCAACAGUAUUAAUGUCCGAGAUAUUCCCAACAAAUGUGAAAGGCUCUGCCGGAAGCCUUCUGGUUUUUACUAGCGCGGCAUGUGGUUUGAUUGUUUCGUACUCUUUCAAUUUUAUGAUGGAAUGGAGCUCAGCAGGAACAUUUUUCAUAUUCUCAGGCGUAUGCGGUUUAACAAUCCUAUUUGUUGCAAAGAUAGUGCCAGAGACUAAGGGACAAACACUUGAAGAAAUACAAGCUUCCAUGUCCCUAUUUAACCAUUAACAGAU